UGCAAGCGUCGUCAGGCAGGCCGGGUAAAUAUCAAUCGGGCAGGUAGGUACAGGGGGUCAGGCAGAGAAUGGUUCGAGGUCACAAGCCAGGGAUCAGAACAGGAGAAGUCAGCAGAGGUCAGAAUCAAGCCAGGUCAGCAACAAGACAGGGACAGGACAGGAACAGGAGCAGGAUGCAGGAACAAGAUACAGGGCCCAGGAAAAACACAACACCAAGGCAGAGUCUGCAGGUCUGCAAUGUCCCUUAAAUACACCAGUAUAAUUAGUUCCAGGUGUUUGACUGGCUGCAAGGUUGAGUCUCUGAUUGCUGGGAGCACCCGCUGGCCAGCCCCGGUACUGCAGCUCACAAGGCAGGUGAGUCCCACCAUUGCUGGCCAGUCCAUUCCUGACAGUUCCAUUACUUGUUACACAGGACUUUUG